UCUCUAUAGUUCUACGUCUCUCCCCUCUCACACUUUCUGUCCACCGUUUUCUUCGUCACUUUUUUUCUUUAUUCUUCCCAAGAAAGACAAUCCUUCUAAACAGACAAAACACAGAGUAGUUACAAGUCAGUUUAUUGUACCCACCCAUUUCUAUCUUCUCCCUUCACUCUUGCAAUUCCUUUUCCACCACUGUUGAUUUCCAUCGACAACAGCUUGCGCAAGAUGAAAAAGAUCGAUUCUUGAAGACCCGGAAGCGAAGAACGUUAGACUCUGUAUAUCCUGUGCUGUGCCCCCGUUCGGCACGCAAGCCUCGUUUUUUUCUUCAGUGGGAUGGCGGAAAUUCCCAAGUUGGGUUUGUCAUCAUCUUCUUAUGGCUAUGGAGAGGCUUUGGAAUUGGAACAGAAGGGCAUUGACACCCAGAAACUUUCAGUUUCGGAUCACGUAAACGCAUUUCAAUUCCCGGCCGAGAAAGCCGAUAGCUUUGUGAUUGAUAUGAAUGCCUUCCCCUCCGCCAUCAACAAAGAUGGCUCCAAUGCAAAUUCGAGAAUUACGUUGCAGAGGAGCCUUUCCAGGAAAGGAUCUCAGCGUUUGGGCGACAGGAAGGUGAUUGGCAAUGCUACAUUUCAUGAUAAAGAUACCGUCUCAGCUUUAUGCUCGCCUAAAGCUCCACUUGUUGGGUCUUACACGCCCGAAAAGUCCACAGUGCUGGCAGUAGGGUCCACGGAUCAUUCGAUGAACCCACACGUCCAUCAUCAGAUUACUAUCACAGCCAGCAACCUCAGUGGCACCACCACAGAAAGCAAGUGUAUAACUAGGAGAAAUAGUUUCAGACGACCUUCUUCAUGGGCCCUUGAUCCUAAAAGGGUUCUCCUUUUCUUUGCCACGUUGUCUAGCAUGGGAACAAUGUUGCUCAUAUACUUCACUCUGACAAUCAGUAAGCGAAAUGCAGAUGAAUACGGGGUUGAUUGGAAGCAGUGAUUGAUCAGGUACCCACUUAGCAGGUUCACAAUCAGAUAAAAGAACGUGCAUUCUGUAGUAAAACUAUGUCAGAAUUCCAGAAUUGGGACAAAUCUUAGUUCAAAGAAGACAAAACUGCAGGAAGUAGCAAAACUAACCAAAGUUCUGGCAGCUUGAUGUCAAAUUCAGUUAAAAUCUGCUUUUUGGCGAUUAUAGGAGAUAAAUACAAAGACGCACAAUAUUAUGACAGAGGAGGGGAAAGAACGAAUGUUCCAUUUUUAAUGUAAAUGGAAGACAACAACAGAUCACAUGGAGGACAUUGCCCUUUUGUUGUGUGAUCGCUGGGCUAAGUAGUUAGUGGAGGAUCAUAAAGUCACUUUUUACUCUUUCUGAUCCUUAUCUUGCUCUCCGGUAUCUUUCUAUUCUGUUCUGCUUUUACAUGCAAUCUAAUAACUAGUGAACCUUUUGUUAUGUGCAUAUGUGACUUUUAAUGUGAGAGCAGAGGGUAAAGAAAGCCAAUGCCACGAGAGGUGCAGUAGACAGUAUACACCCGCGUUUGCGUGUUCAAAGACCUCUUUUCCUCUGUAAGAAAUAGUACCUUUU